UAUGAUCAAAAUUAGGGGCGGCUGGCAUACUGCAGUCCUUAAAAAUAUGACAACCAUUGGAGGGUUGUCAUGUAAGCACAGACCACUUCCCAAUGAGCAAUAAACUACACGAAUCAAGCGUGUGAGUGAUUCUUGUUAUUGUUACGUUUUCAAAUGCAUUGCGGAAGCUUCCUGUGCAGCAGCUAACACGGUAGCAUCUGUUAUGCUAGCACGGGGAAUGUGUCGGUCACGUGACCUUCGCCGUGCUGGUUCCACUCCAACCAACAGCCGCCGCGGAAGCUGGACAACUGUCGUCAACUUGAGGCUCAUCUGGUGUUUCUAAAAUAAACACGGGGGGCGGGGGGACUCUAAAGGGUGGCUAAACACAAGCAGCAUCCCCCACCAUGGCGUCUCCGCUCAAAGUGUGCAUCGUCGGAUCCGGAAACUGGGGCUCAGCCAUCGCCAGGAUCAUUGGAAAUAAUGCCAGGUCAUUGCAGCAUUUUGCGACCACCGUGAAGAUGUGGGUGUUUGAAGAAAAUAUUAAUGGUCGAAAGCUCACUGACAUUAUCAACACUGAGCAUGAGAAUGUCAAGUACCUGCCAGGAUACAAACUGCCUGAUAAUGUGGUUGCUGUUCCUCAGCUCCGUGAUGCUGCAGAGGGAGCAGACCUUCUGGUGUUUGUGGUGCCCCACCAGUUCAUCAGGAAACUGUGUGAGGAGAUGGUGGGCUGUGUUCCAGCCAAAGCUCGGGGAAUCACACUCAUUAAGGGGAUAGAUGAAGGUCCUGAGGGCCUCAAGCUGAUCUCUGACAUCAUUAGAGAGAAGAUGGGCAUUGAUGUCAGUGUUCUCAUGGGUGCAAACAUUGCCAACGAAGUUGCAGCUGAGAAGUUCUGUGAAACCACGAUUGGCAGUAAAAUUCUGGAGAAUGGUCUACUAUUCAAGGAGCUCCUGCAGACUCCCAACUUUCGGAUCACAGUGGUGGAUGAUGCAGAUACCGUGGAGUUGUGUGGAGCUCUGAAGAACAUUGUGGCAGUGGGUGCAGGUUUCUGCGAUGGGAUGCGUUGUGGUGACAACACAAAGGCGGCUGUGAUACGUCUGGGCCUGAUGGAAAUGAUAGCGUUCGCCAAACUCUUCUCUAAGGAUGACACCGUUUCCACAGCAACCUUCCUCGAGAGCUGUGGUGUAGGUGACCUUAUUACGACCUGCUACGGUGGCCGAAAUCGACGGGUGGCGGAGGCCUUUGCCACCUCGGGGAAGAGCAUUGAGGAGCUGGAGAAGGAGAUGUUGAAUGGUCAGAAGCUCCAGGGUCCUGCUACCUCAGCUGAGGUUUACAACAUACUCAAGCAGAAGGGUCUGGUGGACAAGUUUCCUCUUUUUUCAGCAGUCUAUCAUAUUUGUUUUGAGGGGAAACCAGUCCAGGAGAUGAUCUCUUGUCUGCAGAGCCACCCAGAGCACAUGUGAUACGGGAUGGACAAGUCAGGAUAUUUUCCUGCUAAUCAUUUCUUUCUUGAGCAUGAUAAAAAACACUGUCCUUUUUAUGUUAUGCUACAGGGCAAGUAACGUGAAUCACUGGUCAAAAUGGCCACUCUAUUGACGGGCUUUGUAAAUGGAUCAAAUCGUGUAUAUUCCAGUGUACUUACCCAAGCUAUAUUAAGCUUACAAAGAAGUGUACACAUAGACUAAAGGCAGUAACAGAGCGAGAGGAUAGCAUGACCACAUAUUUACUAAACUUGACCAACAAAUCACCAAAUUACUCCUACAGAUGUGGUUUGCUUUUUAGUUUUUUUUAAGAGAUUGACUUCUUUUUAUAAUAAACAUUUUCUACACAUUUUAUUACAGAAUCAUUUGUGCAUUUAUAAGGGAUAUCAGGAAGAAUUAAAAAAACAACAACAAUGCAAAUGUCUUUGUCAGUUUGUUGCAGUAAGAUUCAUGUUAUUGUUGCAAGAUGUGUGAGCAUUCAUUGCGCUAUACUAACCCACUUUUGCUUAGACCCUUGAGGUUUUUAUUAUUAUUAUUAUUAUUUUUUCCAGGACAAUUUGUCAGCAUUAUCACAUAUCUCUUCCACUACAAUCCCCAAAUUCUCAGGUCUGGAUUAAAGCUGUUAAAAAAAUAAAUAAAUAAAAAUAAAUUUAAAAAAUUCACUCUUUGAUUCAUUGACUGAAUGAAACGUUUCAAGCUUGUUUUGCAAGAAGGCAUUCUCACCUUAAAGCUUUCACAAUAAUUUGCACUCACUCCCAAAUUUAUGUUUAAAGCUUGUUUGACAGAAUUGUGAGUCAGUAACAGUGGUGGUAAUGUAUGUAUGCUCAUGACCACUAAAACACCAGCUGUUAUUCCACUGCCAGACCGAUGGUACGUAGUUGUCUUAUGGAUUUAUUUUAUGUCCUGGACUGAAUAACAACAACUAAGCCAUUUUAAUUUAGAAUGCGAUAUGUAUGAUUUUUGUCUCUUUAUGCCUUUACUGCUACUCAGGAAAUCAGUGUUUCAAUGUUGCGUAUCUUAAAAUGCAUCUUAACAACAGAGAAAACAAUAAAGGUAUAAUAUGAGAAGUGUGGUCCUGAUUGCAUCCCAUGAAUAAGUUUCUGGGAUCUGGCUUUCCUAAUACUUUUUAUCUGAGCGUUGUCAUUAAAAUAAUCAUGUAACUACUGUUACUUGAGUUAGAUUAAGCCUCUGUUACAGAAAUGUUCUGACACAUUUUUUGUUGUUUGUGUUUUCAGUAGUUUCCCAGGAUGUGCUAAAAUUUACAAGUUAUCACUUGUUUAUUUUGGUUACUCUUGUGGGCUAAUGACUUUCUUUUUUUACUACAACUCAUUUGAUUUGAAUAAUAAUAAUAUAUACAUAUGUCCCAUUAAACAUGUAGUAAUAUCCACAACAGAUUCCUUCCUUUACAGCAUUUGUCAAGUUUUGCCUGCCACAUUAUUAUGUGGCCCACUAAAGCAAAUAAAGUUUGUCUGCGUGGUUUUUCUUGCAAAAUGGAUUUUGGUGUUUUUCAUUUUGGCAGAAAAGCUGUACUGAAAUUGCUAUUAUUCUUCACUUUUGAUUGAUGAAUUGAGCAUUUUUUCCCAAAAUCUCUUAACAUAAAUUGAGCAGUCGUAUUUAUAUGUGGUUGUCACUCUUUUCCUUAACUUCUGAAUUCAAAUUCAGUUUGUUUAAAAUUAUAUAUAACAAUGAAAUGCAGGCGCAAUUGUGUAUAUGUAAUAAUAUGAUGAGGUUAUUGUGAUUGCAUAUGAUUUUCACCGCCAUAAUGGCCCUCUGAAGGAAACAAUACCAUGAUGUGGCCUGUGUUGAAAAUGAGUUUGGCACCCCUGCUUUCCAGGAUUUCUGUUAGUUAUUUUGAUCCAUUUUGUACAUGAUUUCCCACAUUCUCAAGGACUGACCAACAUGAAACUGUCAUCCAUCCAUUUCAUAUACAAUACUGUAUUGCUUGUUCAGGAUCACGGUGAACUUAUUCAGAAGUUGUUUUUUUUAUUUAAAUAAACUGAAAAAUAAAUAUUCA